UUACCUCGGAAUAAUGUUGUUAUCUUAGGCGGCUAGCGCGAGCGCGAGCGCGAGCUGGCUGGUCGGUGGCGGUUUAAGUCUUCGUUUUAGCCAGGAUCAUUCAUUUAUUUAUCUCUUACCUCUUACGUUUACCGUCUUUAAAACAGCAACGUCACCUGGUGAUGCGAUUGGACCUUGCCGGUCUGCCAGCCCCAACCAAGAGUGUGUGACGUCAGUCCUAGCCAUCUCGCAGCCCUGUCCACCAUGGAGUGCGCGUGAAACAGUUGUGGUUUUCGGAGCAGCGCAGAAAGGAGGGUAUCAUUAGACAAAAGAAGGCCAGCGAAGUGAGGAUGUCAUCCAGCAGGACCCAGAACCCCCACGGGCUAAAACAGAUUGGGCUGGACCAGAUCUGGGAUGACCUAAGGGCUGGGAUCCAGCAGGUGUACACACGCCAGAGCAUGGCCAAAUCACGCUAUAUGGAGCUCUACACGCAUGUAUAUAAUUACUGUACCAGCGUCCAUCAGUCGAGCCAGACACGGGGUAAUGCUCCCUUGUCCAAGCCAUCCAAGAAGUCGCCCACUCCGGGGGGCGCUCAGUUUGUCGGCCUGGAGCUCUACAAGAGGUUGAAAGAAUUCCUGAAGAACUACUUGACGAAUCUUCUUAAGGAUGGGGAGGACCUGAUGGAUGAGAGCGUCCUGAAGUUCUACACGCAGCAGUGGGAGGACUACCGCUUCUCUAGUAAAGUGCUGAACGGGAUCUGUGCCUACCUCAACAGACACUGGGUCCGCCGUGAAUGUGACGAGGGUCGCAAAGGAAUCUACGAAAUCUAUUCGCUUGCCUUGGUAACAUGGAGAGAGUGUUUAUUCAGACCUCUAAAUAAACAGGUGACGAAUGCUGUACUGAAACUGAUUGAAAGAGAAAGGAAUGGAGAGACCAUUAACACCAGGCUGAUCAGUGGUGUUGUACAGUCCUACGUUGAACUGGGUCUGAAUGAAGAUGACGCGUUUGCUAAGGGGCCUACAUUAUCGGUGUACAGGGAGUACUUUGAGACCCAGUUCUUGGCAGACACUGAGCGCUUCUACACAAGGGAGAGCACAGAAUUCCUCCAACAAAACCCUGUAACUGAAUACAUGAAGAAGGCAGAGGCACGGCUGUUAGAAGAACAGCGGCGGGUCCAUGUUUACCUCCAUGAAAGCACACAAGACGAACUGGCUCGCAAGUGUGAGCAGGUCCUCAUUGAGAAGCACCUUGAGAUCUUCCACACAGAGUUCCAGAACCUUCUGGAUGCCGACAAGAAUGAAGAUCUUGGCCGGAUGUACAGCCUGGUGUCGCGCAUCGCGGAUGGCUUGGGAGAGCUGAAGACACUGUUGGAGAGCCACAUCCAUAACCAGGGCCUGGCUGCCAUUGACAAGUGUGGCGACUCCGCUCUCAACGAUCCUAAGAUGUAUGUGCAGACAAUACUAGAUGUGCAUAAGAAGUACAACGCGCUGGUCAUGUCGGCGUUCAACAAUGACGCUGGCUUUGUGGCAGCCCUUGAUAAGGCUUGCGGGAGGUUCAUCAACAACAAUGCGGUCACAAAGAUGGCACAGUCCUCCAGCAAGUCUCCUGAACUGCUGGCCAGAUACUGCGACUCCUUACUGAAGAAAAGUUCAAAGAACCCUGAAGAGGCAGAGCUGGAGGACACGCUAAACCAAGUGAUGGUUGUGUUCAAGUACAUCGAAGAUAAGGACGUGUUCCAGAAGUUCUACGCCAAGAUGCUGGCCAAGAGACUAGUGCACCAGAACAGUGCCAGCGAUGACGCAGAGGCCAGUAUGAUCUCCAAACUGAAGCAAGCGUGUGGGUUCGAGUACACGUCCAAACUUCAGCGCAUGUUCCAGGACAUUGGAGUCAGCAAAGACCUGAAUGAGCAGUUUAAGAAGCACUUGAGCAACUCUGAGCCGCUGGACUUGGACUUCAGCAUCCAGGUUCUCAGCUCGGGCUCCUGGCCUUUCCAACAGUCCUGCACAUUUGCACUGCCAUCAGAGCUGGAGCGCAGUUACCAAAGAUUCACAGCGUUCUACGCCAGCAGGCACAGUGGACGCAAACUCACCUGGCUCUACCACCUGUCCAAGGGGGAGCUGGUCACCAACUGCUUCAAGAACAGAUACACUCUGCAGGCAUCCACCUUCCAGAUGGCCAUUUUGCUGCAGUUUAACACAGAAAACAGCUACACGGUCCAGCAGCUAGGAGACAGCACACAGAUUAAGACAGAUAUUUUGGUUCAAGUUUUGCAAAUCCUUUUGAAAUCAAAACUGCUGGUAUUGGAGGAUGAAAAUGCAAAUAUAGAUGAGAUGGAUUUCAAACCUGAUACACUGAUUAAGCUUUUCUUGGGCUAUAAAAACAAGAAGCUACGGGUAAAUAUCAACGUACCAAUGAAAACAGAGCAAAAACAAGAACAGGAGACAACACACAAGAAUAUUGAAGAGGACCGAAAGCUCCUCAUACAGGCUGCUAUCGUCAGAAUCAUGAAGAUGAGGAAAGUACUGAAACACCAGCAGCUCCUUGCUGAAGUGUUGAACCAACUUUCCUCGCGCUUCAAACCCCGUGUCCCUGUCAUCAAGAAAUGUAUCGAUAUUUUGAUAGAGAAGGAAUACCUGGAAAGGGUUGAUGGGGAGAAAGAUACCUACAGCUACCUGGCUUAAGCAACCGUGCUUUUCUUCACUUUUGGCAUGGAAAUGUAAUUCCUUAAGCAUUUUGGGCUUGUUGUAAGGAAUGUGCACAAGUUAUGGGAAAUGACGGACAGAUGGCUGGACAAUAUCGGCGUCAGGUCACUGCUGCCUCAGCAGACUGGACCUCCCUUUUAAAAGCAGAGUACUGCUGCCAGUCGCUGUCUGGAGUCCCUUCUCAGUCGCUCAGGACCGCCAUACACAUCGUGACAUGUAAAUAAUACACAGAAGAGGCACUCGUACUUGUAGAAACACCCAGCUGUGCAGUUGCAUGCAGAAAGGAGGGGAAAAAAAAAAAUGUAUUAAUUUAACCAAAAUAAUGGUGGACUGACUUGGCUGGAAGGAAAAAAAAAAAACAAAAACCUUAAUUUAUGAAUUGUGGCAGUGGUCUCAGAUUAUACUCAUCAAACUGGCUCCAGGAACAUAAUUUGUAUAGUGUGGCUUGUUUUAUAAAUGUCAUGAAUAAAGUUUUCUUUAAGCCUU